CUGCCGUACGCGUCACCACACCUCACCACAACCAUCUGGAUUGGUUAUUGUAGAUUUAUAUCGCAGUGACCUGUCACAGCUGGCUGACAGACUGGAAAGCUGGUGCACUUUUUUUGGGAUUGUUAUUCAUUUGAUAACAUGUCUAUGUAUCGAAAUGCCGUCUGGUUUCUGAACGGAAUCCAUCAGUAUACAAGGAAGGGAUAUGAAAUAGCGUCUAAAGACUUUGAGCCCCAGGAUCUCAAUGUGUCCGUUGUGGGAAGGUCUUUUAUGGUCACUGGAGCCAACAGUGGAAUUGGCAGAGCGACUGCCAUGGCUAUAGCCAAGAAAGGUGGGAGAGUCCACAUGGUCUGCAGGAACAAAGAUAAAGCCGAAGAGGCCAGGGCAGAAAUUGUCAGUGAGUCAGGGAAUACGGAGGUGUACGCCCAUAUUUUGGACCUGUCAGAGACACGCAAAGUCUGGGAGUUUGCUGAGGCCUUCAAGAAGCAGUAUCCAUCCUUGAAUGUGUUGAUAAACAAUGCAGGGUGUAUGGUGCACAAGAGAGAGGUGAACGAUGAGAAGCUGGAGCAGAACUUCGCCACCAACACUAUGGGGGUGUACAUCCUCACCCAAAGUCUCAUACCAUUUCUACAGAAGAGCCGGGAUCCCAGGGUGAUCACUGUGUCCUCAGGAGGCAUGCUGGUCCAGAAACUCCGAGUUGAUGACUUGCAGUCAGAGAAGGGCUACUUUGAUGGUGUCAUGGUGUACGCCCAGAACAAGAGACAGCAGGUGGUGCUGACACAAGAGUGGGCCAAAGCAAACCCUGUCAUUCACUUCUCUGUGAUGCAUCCAGGCUGGGUAGAUACACCAGCUGUUUCCACAUCAAUGCCUCAGUUCCACCAGAUGAUGGGAGAGAGGCUGCGCACUGUGGAGCAGGGAGCUGACACUGUGGUGUGGUUGGCCUUGUCCAGAGCUGCUGCCAGAACACGCAGCGGGCAGUUCUUUCAAGAUCGUAAGCCUGUUCCUACCCACCUGCCUCUGGCUUGGACUCACAGUUCUACUAAAGAGAUUCAGACUUUCAUGGCUAAACUGGAGAAUAUGGCCGAAGCUGUUAAGCCACAACCUGACACAGAGCUCAAUGGUCCCCUGGGUCCUUACAGACCUCAGGUUGUCUAAAUUCUGAUGUGUCAUUGUCACCAUUUAAGUAUUUAUAACAAUAAAAUCAAUUACUGGGAAAUGUGACACAUUUGUCAUAUUUAGUCUCAUGUAUCUCCUAAUUCUACCCAUUCAUAUUGAAGACUGUUGUAUUUUCAGGGGAGUGCACAGCUAAGUGUCACCUGAACCUGUCUGUGAUGUCACCUGUUAACUGGACUGUUUGCUCUGAAAAUGUUGUGACCUAUUAAUGUAAUACUGAGUAAUUGAUUUACAGUAGAUACAGUAUAAUUAGAAAAUAUCAAUAGAAGUUGCUCAACACAUUGGUAACUUACCCAUAUGUUAUCUAGAUGAUACAACAGGUUUGUGUGUUUUCUAUUUGAUUUGUUUUUUAAAUUUCUGGCUAAUGUGUCAUACCUGGAAUCAUUAUGGAUCAGUGUUUGCACAGGAGCCUGCAGUGAUCAGAUGUACGGUACAUAAUCGCUCCCCUUGGUGUUUAGAGAAAUUGUGAAAGUUCAUUUUAUGCACUACAGCUGCUCAACCUGCUAUAAAGCACCAAUGAAGUUGUUCGAUAUUUACAUGUAAUGGUAAUUAUAAUGGAGCAUUAAAAGCCCAGUCUAGUAGACGCAAUUUGAAAAAUCUCCGUCAGCUCAAAUGAGAGUUUCUGAAUCCUGACAAUUUGGGCUUGAAGCAUACUUUUGUUUUAAUGCAAUAAAGACGACAUUUUAACAAGAGUGUUGCCAGAUCUCUGGGAGUCAGAAUUCAGUUUUUUGGACACCUGGACAUGAUAGACAUGCCUGUGUUCUCACGUUAACUGCGAUGUGAAAAUCACAAUGAAUAUUUGCAGAUUAAUGCAGAAGAGGGGCAAAGUAUUUCUGUGAAAAACUACAGAGCAUCAAUAGUCAUUAUUUUUAUUUUUGUUUUGUAACAAUCCACAUUUGUUGUUUUUAAUAAUUUUAUUAUUUUUAUACAGUAUUGAAACAAAAAAAAUAAUGUGGUGCAUUCACAUUUUUCCCAAGGGAUUCUUUGCAAGUUUGAUCUCUACAAGGGUAAAACAGUG